AUGAAAAGGAAUAAAGCAAAAGAGAAAAUAAAAGAGCACGCAGACGGGCAAACAGAUGAGCAAACAACAGAGAACCAACAUUAUAUGAAUUUUAACGAAAAUACGAAAAAAUGGUUAUAUAACAAAAUUGAAAAAAAUAAAAUUCUGUUUAUUAAGGAAAAAUAUCAAACAUUUCUCAAGUCAUAUGAGGAUAGAAAAAAUGAUGUUACUAAAAAAUAUAAUAUAAAUAAAUAUUUAGCUAUUUUUAAUAAUUUAAUUUUAUUAUUUUUUAUUACUUUUGAUAUAUUUCAUAAUCUACUAAAACUUACUUUCAAGAAUGUCAAGUAUUCUUUUAGUAACCCCCUUUAUUGUAUACAUAGCUUUAAAGCAUUUAUAAAAAAUAUCUCUACAUAUAUUAUAAAACUAAUUAACACUAAUAAACAACUUCUACUCAAUUUUAUAUUUUUUGUUUUACGGGAAAAGAAAAAAAUUGCAAAAGAAAUAAAUAACUUUAUAUAUUUUGUUUUCAAUUUUUUAAAUUUGCGUUUCUUCAAAUCGUUGGAGGUUCUAUAUCAGUACAUGUACCCGAGGUACUACGACAUUUUCAAAACGGGAAAACUUUCUAAGGUGUUCACCUGA